GCAUAAUAUUUGGAACCUUCUCUUCGUCAUCCAACUUUUCUUUACUCUUUCGCAUCGACACAACAACCAUGUCUCGACCCGGGCCGUCGUCGGCAAGGAAUUUGACCUUAACAGAGGAAUUGGAGAAGCUGGAACAGUCAAUUACCCUCACGCUACAAGAAAUUGACCACAACUUCAGCAAGGCGCAUCGAAUUGUUACCACCAGCAUCCUACCUCUCGUAGAACAAUAUGGAGAGCAUUCAAAAGCCGUCUGGGAGGCGUCCAAAUUCUGGAAGCAAUUCUUCGAAGCAUCCGCCAACGUGUCUCUUUCCGGUUACGAAGAAUUAGCCGGCGAUGGCGAAACUACUACGGCAGAAGAAACAUCUCUAGAAGACACGACAUCCAACUAUAACAACACAGCUACCGAAGACGAUACAACUGUUGAACAGUCAGCCUACGCCGACCAACAGCAGGAACAACACCACAUGCCCGAUGACUCUAUCCUCGACCAUGCCGAGAUAACUGGAAGUACACCGCGGGCGCCGUCUACCAAGUCACUACCGCACAUGAAGAAGCCACAGUUCGCCGACUUCGAAUCGCCUUACGAGAAACUACGGCGCGAACUCAAAGGCGAGAACACUAUCUUUAAGGACGAUUUACUUGCCGAUGACGACGACGACACCUUAGAACUGCCAGCCCAUACGAGGACAAGCAACCAAUCAAGACUGCCGGAUAUGUCUAUGACACCGCGUUCUUCGUCCUUGUUGGAAGAGCCAGCACCUCAGUCUACAAUCAGCAAGAACAAGGAUCCGCUACUACAUCGUAUCCUAGAUAAGAAUUACCGGCUGCAAGCUACGCCGCACAAGACCGCUGCUCUACCACCACACGCGCGCGCCGUUCGCGGUAGAUCCCCUGUCAAAGCCGGCGAGGGAGAAGAAGACAGAACUCGCAGGGCUCUAUGGGCCGAGAGUCCGAUGAGCUCGCCCGAGAUAGCAAUGCCGAAGCUGCGGAGCGACUUAUACAUGUCGCCCAUCCGGUUAGCACGAGGUCGCCCGGUUGUAAGCGAUACACCGAGGACACCCGGCAUCAGCGUACAGACGCCAGGUACGGCAAGGAAGACGAGGGAUAUAUUCGCGGAAGCCAGAGAUAAGGGGUUGAGUAAGGGUAAAGGCAAGAGGGAUCCCGAUGAGAUCAACUGGGACAGCGACGACGACGACGAUUUUGGCGGGAUGAGCCCGCCGAAGACGAUUCAGUUUGCGCUGCCCCCAAGUAAACUUAUGCAGACGCCCGCACGAGAAGCAAGCAAACGGAUCGUCGACGACAUUCUAAUCACAGCCGGCGCCGCACUAGAAGAUUCAUCUGAAUAUAGUCCUACGAUGGUCAAGAUGAACCAGGAUAUCCUAGACGAUACGUUCUAGCGAUUUAUGUAACAAAUAAUGUCCUCGGCAGCACAGCGCAUGUUAACGAGAUCAAGUCGGAUAGAGUGGCAACAAUGAUACGUUGCUAUUGUACCUGUUAUGAGUAAAUGCCUAACUAGACAAAAAACAGAAGAUACCCCCUUAUUUAUUACUUCCCGUCCCUAGC